GAGUACGCGGGCGGCAGCGGCCCCUCCCCCGCCGCGGGCUGCGGGCCGGAAGAACGCGGGCGGCUGGGCUUUCCCGCCGCAGCUCCUCCCCGCGCGAGGAGUGGGGUCGCGCUUGGCUGAGGCCCGGCUGCACCCCCUGAGCGUCCCACUCUGUGAAGUUGGCGGCGCGCAACAAUCAAAGUGGCCGCGGGGCUGCGGGCUCGCUUUCCUCCCCCGGCGGCCGGCGGUCCAUCGCCUCCUGGAGGCCGGGCGCCGGGGCGAGUGCGGCUCCCCGCGCUUUUUUUUUCUUUCGGUCCGGAAAAUGCAGCCCGAGGUGGCACAGAGGUGGAGGAAGGACUGCGGGCAGACGCUCCGGUCGUCUUCCCUUAGUUCUGCUCAUCCUGGGGCCGCCCGAGCCCUGUCCAAGGGAAGGGAGCCCGGAGUUAGGACUGGACACUUGGGAUUGUGGGAUUAGUGAUAUGCUUUCCUAAAUAGCAGAAAAGUUGAAGAUGUCUAAACAUUUAGUGGCUUUGACAGUGACCACCCUUCUUGGGGUGGCUGUCGGGGGGUUUGUCCUGUGGAAAGGCAUCCAGCGCCGGAGGAGUAAAACGAACCGUGGGACCCGGGAGCAGCCGCCGCCGCCGCCGCCGCCGCCGUCUCCGCCGCAGAAAGUGCCAGGCAGGAGAGAGCUGCCCGCCCCAGAAGAGGAGCAGUCGCGCUCCAGUGCCCCCAGAGCCUCCUGGGAGGAGAGGAUCCUCCAAGCAAAGGUGGUGACUGUGUCUCAGGAGGCAGAGUGGGAUCAAAUCGAGCCCUUGCUUAGGAAUGAGUUAGAGGAUUUCCCAGUCCUUGGAAUCGACUGUGAGUGGGUGAAUUUGGAAGGCAAGGCCAGUCCUCUGUCACUCCUUCAAAUGGCCUCUCCAAGUGGUUUCUGUGUCUUGGUUCGCUUGCCCAAGCUGAUCUGUGGAGGAAAAACAGUACCAAAAACGUUAUUGGACAUUUUGGCAGAUGGCACUGUUUUAAAAGUUGGAGUAGGAUGUUCGGAAGAUGCCAGCAAGCUUUUGCAGGAUUAUGGCCUCGUGGUUAAGGGAUGCCUGGACCUCCGAUACUUAGCCAUGAGGCAGAGAAACAAUUUGCUCUCUAAUGGGCUUAGCCUGAAAUCACUCGCUGAGACUGUUUUGAACUUUCCCCUUGACAAGUCUGUUCUACUUCGUUGCAGCAACUGGGAUGCUGAGAAUCUUACUGAGGACCAGGUAAUUUAUGCUGCCAGGGAUGCCCAGAUUUCAGUGGCUCUCUUUCUCCAUCUUCUUGGAUACCCUUUCUCUAGGAAUUCAACUCUAGAAGAAAAGGAUGACUGCAUUGGCUGGAGAAAAGUCUUGGAGAAAUGCCAGGAUGUGGUAGAUAUCCCAUUCCGAAGUAAAGGAAUCAGCAGAUUGGGAGAAGAGGUUAAUGGGGAAUCAACAGAAUCUCAGCAGAAGCCAAGAAAUAAGAAGUCUAAGACUGAUGGAACAAUGUCAGGCAACCACCAAGCAAGAGACCCCAGAAAACAUAAAAGAAAGCCCUUGGGAGUGGGCUAUUCUGCCAGAAAAUCACCCCUCUAUGAUAACUGCUUUCUCCAUGCUCCUGAUGGACAGCCCCUCUGCACCUGUGAUCGAAGGAAGGCUCAGUGGUACCUGGACAAAGGCAUUGGAGAGCUGGUGAGUGAAGAACCUUUUGUGGUCAAGCUACAGUUCGAACCUGCGGGGAGACCCGAAUCCCCGGGGGACUACUACUUGAUGGUCAAAGAGAACCUGUGUGUAGUGUGUGGCAAGAAAGACUCAUACAUUCGGAAGAACGUGAUUCCGCACGAGUACCGAAAGCACUUCCCCAUUGAAAUGAAGGACCACAACUCCCACGACGUGCUGCUGCUCUGCACCUCCUGCCAUGCCAUCUCCAACUACUAUGACAACCACUUGAAGCAGCAGCUGGCCAGGGAGUUCCAGGCCCCCAUUGGCUCCGAGGAGGGCCUGCGCCUGCUGGAAGACCCCGAGCGCCGGCAGGUGCGUUCUGGGGCCAGGGCCCUACUCAACGCGGAGAGCCUGCCUGCUCACCGAAAGGAGGAGCUGCUGCGGGCACUCAGAGAGUUUUAUAACACAGACACGGUCACGGACGAGAUGCUUCAGGAGGCUGCCAGCCUGGAGACCAGCAGGAUUUCCAAUGAAAGCUACAUCCCUCAUGGGCUGAAGGUGGUGCAGCGCCACACCCGGGGCGGGCUGCGCUCCCUCAUGCAGCUGGAGAGCCGCUGGCGCCAGCACUUCCUGGACUCCAUGCAGCCCAAGCACCUGCCCCAGCAGUGGUCGGUGGACCACAACCAUCAGAAGCUGCUCCGGAAAUACGGGGAAGACCUUCCCAUCAAGCUGUCUUGAUAGGGGCUUCCCUUCCAGGCAAGAACAGCUGGGAAGCUGGAGCCAAGGUUGAAAAGACACCUCUUCCUGUUUUAAUGCCAUUAGUUGUCAAAGCCUGAUGACACAACUCACAAUACUAACCUGUACUGAUCCCAGGGUGCUUCUGGUGGAGCAAAGCUGUUGUUUUUUAAGGGGAGCUUAUGGUUUUGAAUUUUCAUUGGGCCGGGUAAGAACUCUUAUUUUUGUGGACAAGUGGGGGCCUUGGCCUUCAUUUUACUCUCCCAUCUUCUGCUUUCUCUGCUCAGACGACAGAUGAAGGCUUCUCCCUGAAGUGUUUUUGUCAAGACUCUCAGAUUUUUAAUACUUUUCUUCCCUGUUGAUUUAUCUCAAACAGGCGCUGUCAAAUAUUUCAAUCCUGUCAAAUGAGGAGGGGAGAAAACAUUCUUCCAGAAGUUGGAGGGGUGCAAAGGGGUCAAAUUUAUUUUCCCAGGUCAAACUUAUAAAUUCUUUGGCUUACUGCUCUCCUGCAACUCACCUGGUUGGUAUCCAGGCCAUCUCUGUGACUUCAGUUUAUUUCAUAUGCUUGAAAAUCCUCCCCUUUCCACGUGCAGGACCAAAGGAGCAACCUCCUGCCAGAUGCAUCUGCCGUAAUGCGGGAGGGAAUCCUUUUUUGGAAAUAGGCCUUCAACCUGGGUAGGGCAGAGGGAGGCAGAAGCACUGUCUCCCAGAAAACUUGGGGGAUUGUCUCAGCUUUCCCUUGAGUGCCAUUCAUCAUCUGCUCAUUGCGGUCCCCCUGCCCUGAACCACAAGGAUUUUUUGCUAAAUCCCUUCCUGAGAGGAAGAUGAUCUUUUCUCAGAAUCGGUAUCAGAUCCCUUCAGUGUUCUGUGUUCCAUCAGAUUUGCAAUACUGACCUCUUUUAAGUUCUUAAUUCUUUCCCAGCGUCAUUUGGUCAGGUUGCAGUGAGAGGAUUUCUCCAUCUCCCCUCAGGCCUGGGACACUGAGAUUAAUUAGUAUGUUUAGAUGUUCAAAACGGUGGUAUUUCAUCUUUCAGAAUGGGAGGCUGCCACUUUGAUCAUCGAACCAACUUGUUGUUGAUUAGUAUUUUUUUAAAGUAUUAAGAAAGCUUUCUUAACUUAGAAGAUCUUAACAAGCUUAAAAAAGAAUUUUAUGGCCAGAAUCCAACAAGAGCUCUGUUUUGGAAUUAUGCCCGAGUUGGUGAUGGUUGCUUUAACAUUGAUAAAUAAAACUUCUUCUAAGCACAGAGUUCACUAAUUAUAAAUGUAAAACUUUUUCUUCAUAACUUUAUAAAAUCAGUAGAUAUUCUUGGGGAAGGAGAUCUUUAUCCUACAGGUCCCUGCUGUGUGGCAGCCCGUGGUAUGUGUGUGUAGAUAUCCCCCACACAUAGCAUCCCAGACACACAGCGCUGGCCCGUCCACAGCAGCCCACGACCUCUGUAUGGCCUGCAUUUUGUUCUGCCCCUUCAUUCCCGCUUGUCCUCAAACAGGUGUUUCUGGGAUCUAAACUAGAAAUCCUUGAAAACAAAUAGUUUGUUUUGGGGACCUUAUGUUCAACGCAGCAGGUUAUUAUGGGGCACAUGUCUCCAUGACUGUACUGCACAGAGCCGGUGGUGGAGAACCAUAGGAUGGAUGGUGGUCGUCGUAGUAGUCAGGCUUGCCACGAGGUGGCACUCAGAGAUCUUGUUUUAUAUUCAUUCUCACGAAAUAAGGGGCUUUUGUACAUGUUUCCUGGAAUAACUCAUGACUUAUGUUUCAGUUUGUGCACAUCUGAUUUUGAGUAAUUUUGAUAGCGUUAAAAGAAAAAUGCCUUCCUCUGAAGCAAGAGAGUAGGGCUCUUCCUUUCUCUUUCCCUGUGAUCCUCAUUCUAAGAGGUGAGAAAUAUGUAAGAGGUUGCUUAAGAAGUGCUGCGGUUGCUGUGGGAAGAAGGCAUGGGUUCUCCAGCAGAGCUCCCUACAAAGCUUAGUAACGUAGAGCCAGCAGCCAAGAUAAAGGAAAAAUGUAGACUGUGGCAUAAGAAAUUUCUCGUCUUUUUCGGAAGACUUACUGUGUGGAUUUGAACCUUUUUGUUUUCUGAGUCAGCCUUGGAUUUUAGCAUCCUUUCCCUGAGACUGACAGUUACUAUCUCAAAUGACUUAUUUUAGGGUAAGCAUAUUUUAAAAUAAAAAUUUUUUCUGAUAUAAAAGUAAUGUGUAUGCUCGUUAAAGAUGAAUCUAAAGAAAGAAUAAAAAUCCAUGUAAAACAGA